AUGGGCAGCGACAACUUCAACGUCAAGUUAUUGAAGCGAUCUUUGGGCGAAUCUAGAAAGAGUGGUUCCGUGAAUACUCUGUAUGGUGACAAGACAUGGGUGCAAGAUCUGGACAUUGUCAACGAGCUUGGAGCUCACACCGGUUGUGUCAACGCCCUGAGCUGGUCUUCAGGUGGCAAUCUACUCGCUUCGGGUUCGGACGAUACCUAUCUCAACAUUUGGGGUUAUAACCCUUCCGGGUUGGCCAAACCAUUCACUUUGAAUACGUGUGUGAGCACUGGUCAUCGUGCCAAUAUCUUUUCCGUCAAGUUUAUGCCUCACUCGGGUGACCGAACCGUCGUAACCUGCGCAGGCGAUUCGGAAGUACGCGUCUUCGACCUAGAAUACGGUGGUGCCGCCAACAGUGGGUCGACCGAUCCCACAUUUGCUGCGAGUACAAGAAGUCGGAGGUUUAAUAACUUCUUCCGCCACGCCAGGUGGUUGAAUGAAGGGAACACAAACGCGCGUGUGUACCGAAGUCAUGCAGACAGGGUCAAGCGGAUCGUGACGGAGUCGAGCCCCUACCUCUUCUUGACUUGUUCCGAGGACGGAGAGGUCCGUCAAUGGGAUUUGAGACAGCCAUCGUCUGCGUACCCUCCUCCUCCCGGUGGGCGUGGGUAUGCCAGAUACCGUGCAAAUACGGAGAGUGAAGUCGGCGACGUUCCCCCGCCGCUCAUUUCCUACAAGAGAUACGGGUUGGACUUGAACACCAUCUCCUGUGCGCCCAAUCAGCCUCAGUAUAUCGCCCUAGGCGGGGCUCACCUUCAUUGCUUUCUGCAUGACAGACGGAUGCUGGGCCGAGAUAUGGACGCGGAGAAAGGCCGUCCGGGAGGCCGGGUCCCUGUCGUCGGUACAUACGACGAUGAGAGCAUGGCCGAGGCUACCCGCUGUGUGCGACGGUUUGCACCCAACAACAAGCGUAAAAUGGGCUCGACUGACCAUGGGCAUAUCACUGCUUGCAAGAUCAGCGACGCUAAUCCGAAUGAGAUGAUCGCUUCUUGGUCCGGCGAUCACAUCUACAGUUUUGAUAUAGUCAAGUCUCCUGAUGCCAGGGAUGCGGACGCCAAAGCUGACGAGGCAUUUCAAGCUGCUCGUCUUAGAAAUCGAUCAGACCGGAAGAGGAAGAGAGGAAAGGCCAACGCUUCAUCAAGCAGCUUGGCUGACUCGGCCAAUCCUAGUAGACGUCUACGGCGUGUCUCCGAUAGCCAGGCUGAAGAAGGAAACACCGCUCUGCUGGCGCGGUAUGAGGAUGGGGAGUCUGAGCUGAUACCUAUUCGUGCCAAUCCAACCAAUAUAGCCGCGGAACAUCACUCUCCUCGGGAUUUUUUGCUCACAGAGGCACAGCGAUCGAGUGAGCGUGUGGCUCGAGCAUUGGUCCAAAUGCGAAAGACAUUAUUCGACUUUUCAUCCAGAUUAAAUGCAGAUACCGCGUUAUUGAUGGAGACUUCCGAGGAGCUCACGCCUCACACGGCAGUCUUCACUUCUGUCCUAGGGCAGUGUGCAUCCUUGCUGCCCCAGAUGGAAGAGAUUAUGCGGACUUGGUCCUAUCCAGUCAACCCGAGUGAAGAAGAUGUUCGACUACAGAACACACUGAGGAGGAAUCGUCAAGCCAGCUGGCGGUUUGUCCAAGCAGCCGGCUGUCUAGCCCGAUGUUUGGGCGGUCGGUUGCAAACUCUCAGUUCUGCUCCGGACGGGCGCUUGAAUUCUUUCACCCAGAUCAGGCCCGCUGCUCAUGAAGGCAAACAUAUCACUCGGGAGUCAAGAUUUUGUUACGACUUCCUGAAAGCCAUCCUUCUGUGGUUAGAUGGGGGCCAAGAGGCGGUCUUGCAAGGUUUCAAAAGACCAGCUAAUGUAAGUAGCGAUAGUCCUCGAUUCCCUCUGGACGAAGACGACACAGUUCACACUUUUGUCGACAAGCUGCGGUCGUACCUCCUGGAUCUCGCGGAUGACAGUGUCCCUGUUGUCGACCUGGACACGAAUCGCUUCGAGGUCAAUGAGAGACGGAUGGUGUUUGACAGCCAGACAUCGGCGGUGCAAGCGUUUCUGACGGCUGUUGUGAGCGUCAGGUUGGCGGAGAGACAUGGCAUGGCAGAAACAGUGACAGAGCCUUCCGGCGCUUGCAGAACUAUCCGAGUCAUGGACAAGGGAGCUGCAGCGCGGUUUUGGGGAGUCAAGGUGGGCCGAAGUCUCCUCAUGCGUGCCGGUGAAGGGGUAACAUAUGAUUUCGUCAAUCGUGCCUUUGGCGGCUUGAGACUUCAGAUUUCGCCCGACACAGAGGGCACUGAACGCUCCCAAGAGGACAUUGAUCCAGAUGAGGAAGAACGCAUUGUGGAAGCCAUUGACAUUGUGAGGACCGCGGACUCGCCGGAAGCUUCUCAGGGUGUCGCUGGGUCCGAAAUGGAGAUGAGAAGGCCCCCAGCAGCACAUGUAGAGGACGCCAACGAAGACGAGGAUGAGGGCGACGAGGACAACAACGAGAACGAGGAGUCUGAGUCUGAGCGCUCCGGCUCUGACGGUGAGGAAGAAAAUGACGACGAUGAGGGAGCGCCUGAAAGGAUAUUGUUUCGGCGCCGGCUAGGGUUCGCCCGGCCCCAUGAACGGGCCCUGGUCAACCUGCAUGUGCCGUACUCAUCGCACACCAGAGUGUACCAGGGACAUUGCAACACGCGUACGGUCAAGGACGUCAACUAUUACGGCCUGAACGACGAGUACGUGGUCAGUGGCUCGGACGAUGGACAUUUCUUCAUCUGGGACCGGAAAACCAGCAAAAUCCUCAAUAUUUUGGAGGGCGAUGGCGAGGUGGUCAAUGUGGUCCAGGGACAUCCAUAUGAACCCAUGAUCGCUUGCAGUGGCAUCGACAGCACGAUCAAGAUCUUUGGCCCUGGCGGUGACAGCCGAGAACGCGAGAUGGCGGAACGGGGAAUCGAUGUGGCCAACCCAGGCGGAGGGAUGCACAGUUCUUUACGUUUCGGGGCGCGAAGAAGCAGCCGACGAAUGCGCGGGGAAGAUGAUGAAGACGAGGACGAUGAGAGUGAUGAAGAGGCACAGUCCGAGGAUGCAACUUCGGCCCGGCGGCUUCGUAGUCGACGAGCAAUGCAUCGCAGUUACGAAAUCAUCAGUCGCAACGACGUGGAACGGAGGCGGGGUGCAUCAGACACAUAUGUCACGGAGGGCAUGUUGGCUCGACUGGCCAUGGCUUUACAACGGGGCCAGAUUGAAGCGAUCGGAGAGCAAGGGUUCGGAGCUGGCGGCGCAACCAUUGUGGUGGAUGAGAAUUGCCAGGUCAUGUAA